GUCUAGACACACCUCUAUAUUCUACUGUCCUUCGCAUUUAUUUCUACUUUGAGCGUUGACUCAGAAAUGGUCUUGUACUCUGGCACAUGCACUCCACCGUGACAUCACGCCUAAUCCUAAAGCGUCGUCACAAGAUUAUCGCCGAGGUUCGCCUCUGCCCUAUAUAUAUUGGCGAUCCCCUCCAUUUUUCAGACAUCACAAUAUUCUGAAUUUUCACAGAUUUACACUCACAAUGGCUCAAGACACCAAGGUCACCCUGUACUGGCUGGAGCAAUCCCGCUCCCAGCGCAUCCUCUGGCUCCUCGAAGAACUCAACAUCCCCUACGAACUGAAAACCUUCAAGCGCGGCCCCGACAUGCUCGCCCCCCAGGAACUCAAGGACGUCCAUCCCCUCGGAAAGUCCCCCGUUAUCGGUAUCGAGAACGCAAACACCGCCACGCCGUUGAUUCUCGCUGAGUCAGGCUUUAUUACGGAAUAUCUGUGCGACCACUUCAAUGGGGAGAGGCUCGUGCCGAAGAGAUACAAGGAAGGAAAAGAGGGACAGAUUGGUGCGGAGACGGACGAGUGGAUUCGGUACCGGUAUUACAUGCAUUAUGCGGAGGGGAGUUUGAUGCCGUUUUUGCUGUUGUCAUUGGUUAUGAAUGGCGUCCGCAACGCCCCCGUCCCCUUCUUCGUCAAACCCCUCACCAGCAUCGUCGCCUCCAAGGUCGAAUCCGCCUUCAUCAACCGCAACAUCGACAACCACUUCCGCUUCCUGGACGAGCAGCUCAAGACCGCUCCCGGUGGCGGUCCGUACCUCUGUGGUAAGGAGUUGACGGCUGCGGAUAUCCUGAUUAGUUUCCCGAUUAUCGCGGCUAUGGUUCGGUUGCCGGAGGGUGCGGAGAAGUAUCCAAAUGUGAAGGCGUAUGCGGAUUUGUUGCAGGGGAUGGAGGGGUAUAAGAAGGCGGUUAAGAAGAUUGAGGAGGUGGAGGGGAAGUUUGAGGCUAUUAUGUCGUGAUUUUGUGAUUUUAUUUGAGCCAUUGUGUUUAUGGAUUAUGUGUUAUGUUGGAUGUCUAUGUUAUAUCCGUUCUGUAAUGUAUAUGGAUG